AUAGGUAUUGGAUUGAGAAUCGAUCAGUAAUAUUUAAUGAAUUCGCGCCGUACAACGUGAACUCCACAUUAUCUACAUAGGAUACCACUGUCGGACCUACUGCAGAGAUGUGGUCAAUAAUGUUGUUGUUAAGUUUAAAUAUUUACAUUUUACUGUCAAUAGUGGAUGGCAGUAAAAUCAUUUUUAUGGAUACUAUGGUGAAGAAAGAUCCUUUUAAUGAUACCUUAGCUAUGAAUGUAACUGGAACUAUGAAUGAAAUUGGACCUUUAAGUUCUAUGRUCUUAGAUAAAAUUUCCAAUGAAACUAGACCUAUGAAUUCUAUAUUCCUAGAUAAAAUUACUAAUGAAACUAAACCUAUGCACAUAAAUACAAUAAUGAAUGAAACACAAAAUAUGAAUGAAACUAAAACUAUGAAUGAAACUAAACCUAUGAAUGAAACAAUUCAUCAACACGUACAAAACUCAACUUCAAAGGCAGACGUAUUGAUACUAGGUUUAUUCGAUGCGACAUUAAAUAUUGACAGAUCAAUUGAAAGUUUGCAAUCACAUAGCUCUAGUCAAGAUCAUAAUAUAGUUAUAUCACCGAUAAGUAUAGCGGCUGCUUUGUCACUUGUCCUUCUGGGAGCUCAUGGUGAGACUAAAACAGAAGUUGGUAAAUUGUUUGGUUACGAUGAGAUGACAACAAUCCAUUUAUCUGAGAAUAAUAACCAAAAUUUCAAGGAUUUGGGAUUAUUAUUAAAUUACUUUCAAGCCAACUCUGGUGAAAAAUUGGGCACAGAAGUUAACCUGGCAAAAGCAAUGUUUGUUCAAAAUGGCUAUAAUAUUACAAAAAACUUUAUAAAAGCAGCUGAAGAUUAUUUAAAUACUAAAUUGGUUACAGUUAAUUUCAAAUMAGAUGGAGUACAUGCAAAACACAUUAUAAACCAAUGGGUGUCUAAUCAAACCCGUGGAAAAAUUGAUGAUAUAUUGCCUGAAAUUCCUCCAGCUGAUACCAAGACUAUUAUUGCAAGUGCUUUAUAUUUCACAGGUGAAUGGGAGAACCCAUUUUUUAUUAAUUAUACCAGAAUAAAACCAUUUUAUUAUGGAUCAAUCACUGGUGAUAGAAAAUCACCUAGACAAAACAAGGAUUGCAUAUACGUCCCAAUGAUGGUAGGCAGUAGUGAAGUACUGUUUCAUAAAAAUGAAGCAUUAGAGUUUAAAGCCAUUGGGCUACCAUAUAAAGGCAAUCGAUUUAUAACAUAUUUUGUGCUUCCCGACACAAAUGUCAGUUUAAGCAGUUUAGUAGCAAAAAUGAAUGGAAAAACAGUCAGAAACAUAACCAACAAUACAAAACUCACAGAAUUGACAUAUUUUGUGCCUAAAAUGACUCUCAAGUCUUUGACCAAUCUACGACCAGUUUUGCAGAAUUUAGGGAUUAACAAAAUGUUUGACCCUACAAAGGCUGAUUUAUCAAAUAUGGCUACAGAUAUGGGCACUUACAUUAGUGACAUUUUACACCAAGUUGAAAUUGAUGUCAAUGAAAUUGGUACAGUGGCGUCAGCAGCUACUGUAGUAACUAUAACUAGAGGAGGCCAGACUAUUUUUAAUGUAAACAAGCCAUUUAUAUUUUUUAUUCAUCACGUAGAAAGUGAUACAAUAGUAUUUUGGAGUACUGUAUAUAAACCUACGCCACAUUCAAUGACGCCACCAAAUUUAAAUUCUUAUAAAAAAACAUAAAUCCCUAUUAGUAUAAUUUGAAAUAUUUUUUUUUUUUUUAUUGUAAU